AUGGCCUACAAUCGGCUAGGAGGCUCCCAUGCCGACAAUGACCCAUACUCGCCCAAUCUGAAUCCUCAAUAUGAUGGUCGUACCCCUUCCCCGGGUCGUCCAUUACAAGCCUACGACCGAGACGACGUCUACGAGCAACCUCCCCAACUGCACCUCCAGAUGCCUACCGCCUCGAAUGAUCGGCUUGCAUUCCAGCCGACCUAUUCCGUCGAGAACGUCUCAAACUCACAUGGCCAUCAUUCACAGUACCAGCAAGGACAACCGCAGCCGCAAUCUUAUGGCGCUCCAGGAGGAGAUUAUGCCCUGAAUCCGGAAGAGCACCACGAUGCCUACUACAAUCAGCCAUACUCUCCCCAUCCCCAGGGAGACUAUGCACUCGACCCCUACCCGACACCAGACAAUCGUUACGGCGAAGAUGAUAAUAGACCUAUCCUCCAGCCAGAUAGCGCCUACGGUCCAGACCCCCAUACUCAACCUCCUCUCGAAGGCGAAUACUACGAUGAUCCCAAUGUUCAACCGACGCCGUCACCCGCGCCUAUCAGGAGAUGGAAAACUGUCAAGGAAGUUCCGUUGUUCGAAGGCAAUCUCGUCCUUGACUGUCCUGUGCCACCGAGGCUACUGAGUCAGGUUCCGCACGUGCAACCGCCCGAAAGAGAUGAGUUUACUCAUAUGAGAUAUUCAGCAGCCACUUGCGACCCCAAUGAUUUCUUCGAGAGGCGCUUCACAUUACGACAGCGCUUGUUUCGGCAACCUCGACACACUGAGCUGUUCAUUGUGGUCACCAUGUACAAUGAGGACGAGUUCCUGUUCGCGCGUACCAUGAUUGGCGUCUUCAAGAACAUCGAGUAUCUCUGUUCAAGAACGAGCAGCAAGACUUGGGGCAAGGACGCGUGGAAGAAGGUUGUCGUUUGCAUCGUCAGUGAUGGUCGCGCUAAGAUCAAUCCACGGACCAGAGCAGUUCUCGCAGGUCUAGGUGUUUAUCAAGACGGCAUUGCGAAACAACGAGUCGAUGACAAGGACGUCACUGCCCAUAUCUACGAGUAUACUACUCAAGUCGGCCUGGAGCUCAAGGGCAAGCAGGUCUCUUUGAAACCACGAACCAACACGCCGGUCCAGCUGUUGUUCUGCCUCAAGGAGAAGAACCAGAAGAAAAUCAACUCACACAGAUGGUUCUUCUCUGCCUUUGGUCGUGUGCUGGAUCCUAAUAUCUGUGUCUUGCUCGACGCUGGUACGAGGCCUGGCAAAGAUUCCAUUUAUCAGCUCUGGAAGGCAUUCGACCUUGAACCCAUGUGUGGUGGCGCUGCUGGUGAAAUCAAAGUCAUGUUGGAGCACGGCAAGAAUCUGCGAAACCCCCUGGUGGCCACUCAGAACUUCGAGUACAAGAUGUCUAACAUUCUCGACAAACCCAUGGAGUCUGCAUUUGGUUUCAUCUCUGUCCUUCCUGGUGCCUUCUCUGCUUAUCGCUAUGUGGCAUUGCAGAACGACAAGAAUGGGGAAGGGCCGCUCGAGAAGUACUUCAAAGGCGAGUCGAUGCACGCAGAUGCUGGUGUCUUCACCGCGAAUAUGUAUCUUGCCGAAGAUCGAAUUCUCUGUUUCGAGCUCGUCAGCAAGCGCAAUUGUCGCUGGAUUCUGCAAUAUGUCAAGUCUGCCAACGGCGAGACCGACGUCCCCAAUCGAAUCGCCGAGUUCGUUUUGCAGCGGCGAAGAUGGCUGAACGGUUCUUUUUUCGCUGCCGUCUACGCCAUAGCUCAUGUCCACCAGCUCUUCCGAAGCAGCCACAGCGCCAUGCGGAAGUUCAUGCUGAUCAUUGAGUUCAUCUAUCAAACCAUCAACAUGCUCUUCGCCUGGUUCGCUAUUGGCAAUUUUUUCCUGGUUUUCAAGCUUCUCACGACCUCCCUCGGUAGUCCUGGACCUCUGGGCACAGCUGGCACGGUUCUCGGUAUAGUGUUCGAAUUCGUCUACCUUGGCACACUCCUCUACUGCUUUAUCCUAUCUAUGGGUAACAGGCCGCAAGGGUCAAAGAAAUCCUAUCUGGCCAUGGUUAUCUUUUGGUCUAUUCUCAUGGUCUGGCUCACUUUCGCCGCCGUCUACGUGACUGUUGAGGCGAUCCGAGCAGAGACCCAGGAAAAUUCCUUCACGUUCUCCUCCAUCUUCAACAACAGGACUUUUUUCAGCCUGAUCGUCUCCCUCGGUAGCACCUAUGUGCUAUGGUUUGUGUCAUCGUGUCUUUUCUUAGAUCCGUGGCACAUGUUCACCUGCUUUCUUCAGUACAUUGUGCUGACACCAACCUACAUCAACGUCCUUAACAUUUACGCCUUCUGUAACACGCACGAUAUCUCCUGGGGCACCAAAGGCGACGACAAGGCCGAGAAACUGCCUACGGUCCAGAUGAAGCCAGAUGGCAACGUCGAAGUGAUGAUUCCGCAAGAUGACGGCGAUCUGAACGCGCAGUAUGAGGCCGAGCUCCUCAGAUUCGCAACGAAGCCGGAGAAAGAGGUCAAGAUUCAGUCGGCAGCAGAGAAGCAAGAGGACUACUACAAAUCGUUCAGGAGUAAUGUCGUCGUCAUCUGGAUGAUCAGCAACUUCAUCCUCUGUGCUGCCGUGCUUAAUGUGUCGGGCUUUGACAGGAUCAAUACCGAAGAAGGAGGCUCCGAAACGAACGCAACCAUCUACCUGGCUGUGAUUCUGUGGUCCGUCGCUGGUCUUUCCCUCUUUAGAUUCGCGGGGGCGAUGUGGUUCUUGGUGAAGAGGAUGUUCCGAGGCGUCUGA